UAAUAUUUGUCUGACCAAUUUUCUUUAAAGCCAUUUCCAUGAUGAUGAUGAUGAUGAUGAGACUCAAUUAUAUAUUUGAUUUCAGUCACUCCUGAUAAAUAACAAAUUUGGAGAAAUAAAAAUAUCUUUGAAUAUUUUCAAAGGAGGAGAAAGGAGAGAUAAGGAAGGCAGAAAGAAAGGCGGUAAUUAAGAAAGAAAGAACUGGGGAGAGGGAGGGGUUGGCGGAAGGGAGGAGAAGAGAGAGGUCGGGGAGAGGACGACAGCCAGGAGCAGAGUUAGUCGGAGAAUUUAUCGGACCUUAGGCGUGAUUAUCUCCUGCCUCUGUAGCUGAGGAGUGGGCAUCAAAAUGGCAACACUAAACCAUCCAAGAUCUCCUGAGAAAAACUCCCCAGUGGAGCAGAAGAUCCCAUUCUUCACUAUUAUCAAAUGCGUUGUUUGAGAACGCCCCAGACUGUCUUCUAACGCCCUUUCUUCCCCCGCUCCCCCCUUCCCUGGACGCCAUGACAACUGUCACGUGCCCCUGCAAACAAAGCUUCUCCAGGGCUGCACAGGCCCCAGCUGCUCCUCUCUGGAAGGAGCAGGAGGGCUUUGUUGCUGAGAUGCACGGAGCCCCCCGGCUGACCUUUCCCUGUGCCAGUGAGUACCUGUGGCGUACACGGGAGAAGGCCUAUGAGGACCACAGGAGGAAGGUCCAGAGCGCCCAGCCGCUGGUAGACACCCGUGCCCCGCUGACGUUCCACCACCUCCAGCUGAAGCUCAAGAGGCUGAAGCUGGAGGAGGAACGGCUCUCCGUCAUCCAGAGGGACAACCGCCUGCUUCUGGAGAAGGUGGCCUCUGUCAUGAGGACCAGGAGACAGACUGACGGCAAAAACGACUCCACACACAGGAGUGUACACAGGGGGAAGAGAGAACAGGAACUUCACAGAGUGCAGAAGAAAACGGGACCAUUCGGGAAGGAAUCACACACUGAGAACCAUGGUGUGGAGCUCAGAGGUGGUGUGAAGACUGGGGCAGAGCUGAGAGGUCUGGGGUGCUGGUGCGGAAUCUCCUCUGACAUGACAGAUGCACCAAGCCAAAAGGUACCUGUACCUCCCUUUUCAUCUAAAAUCCAUAGCUAUUUGAAAUUUCCCAUUUUACUUCAUCAGAUUCAUCAAAAUUAUGUAUUCACUGAUUCUUUGCUGUAUUCGAGCAUUUUGUUCAGUUAUCAGCAAGGAUAUGUCCAAUGGUCACAUCCUCCAACAGAAGAUGCAGGACAGCCACCCAGCUGACGAACUACCCGCCACACAUUUGCUCACAAAACAGGAAAUUAAAAUAAGGUCAGCUGAUUGAUUGCAGAUUGUGAGAGAAAGAUUUGGUGAAAAUAAUUUAGCCAGGUAACAUGAAUAAAACAUCAUUAAAAUCACGUUGACCAGGCAUAGCGGCUCAC